AUUUAAUGUUAAUGUUCUCACUAUUUUCUCAUAUUUAAUUUCAGACCAAGCACUCAAUGCGAUGCACUUCAUCAGUGCAAUCCCAAAGCUGACGGGGCAGAACUAUGUUCUGUGGCGCGAGGAACUUGAUGCUGCUCUAGCACUUGCUGAGAUAGAUUUGGCUCUUCAGGAGCCAAAGCCCACUGAGCCAAAGGAGCCCGAAAGGGCUCAGAAUGAGACCGAUGAAGCUUUUGCUAAUCGGAAGCGAGACUUUGCUCCCAUCAGAGCAAAGUAUGAUCUUGAGAAGUACAAGUGGGAAAAGUCAAACCGCAAGUGCAAGAUUGUCAUCAAGAAAACCAUCACAGAGGGCCUAAGAGGUGCCAUCCCAGAAUGUGAGACAGCAAAAGAAUACCUUGAGAAAGUAAAGAAUCAGUUUACUGGUUCCACCAAAGCCCAUGCUUCCACCCUGAUCCAGAAACUCACUAACAUGAGGUUCACAGGGGGGAGUGUGAGAGAGCACAUUCUGAGCAUGAGCACCAUGGCAGCCAACCAGAGGAGUGGGAUUUAG